AGUCAAUACAUAAAAAUGUUAAAUGGUUAUCACAGAAAGCUCAUCUAUUUUACCAUAAUUUUUACUUCAAAGGUCACACUGAAAGGAGUGAACGUCACUUUUCCCUCUUUUCCAGGAACCCUAUGGUUGAUGGAAAUUCUCUGCCUGAUUCACUCACGCGGGGACCCCAAGUGGGUUCAAUCAGUGCCCUUCUGGAAGCGCUCACCCUGGAUAGAGAGAAGGGACACCGAGCAGUUAGACAGAGACUGGGAGGGCCCGCGCUUCUUCACCUCCCACCUUCCUUUCCACCUCUUCCCCAAGUCCUUCUUCACUUCCAAGGGCAAGGUGAUUUAUAUCAUCAGAAAUCCCAGAGAUGCUCUUGUGUCUGGCUAUUUUUUCUGGAGCAGGACAAACUUUGCUAAGAUCCCAGACUCACUGGAACAGUUCUUUGAACAGUUCAUCCAAGGAAAUGGUGAGUGUCCUCCAUGCACAGAAGCUGGGGUGCACAGGGUCCCCAUUCAGACCUCUCUUGGCCCCAACCCGCGGCCCUGUAUCUCGCCUCCUGUGGAUGCACCGCCCAUCACCCCCGAAACCAGACCUGCCCAGGUUCCUGCUCUGCUGCCCACCAGCACAGCCCAGCCCUCCCGCUGCCCGUGGGGAACCGCCUGGCUGUCCUCCCCUGAGUUCCUGGCACUGACCCUCUUCUCACGCUCUUCUCUCAGCUCUCCCUUCUCUGCUUUGUGUUUACCAGGCACCUGUGGGGACUGGAAGAAUCACUUCACGGUGGCCCAAGCCGAAGCCUUUGAUAAGCUGUACCAGGAGAAGAUGAAAGGUUUUCCUGGGGGGCUGUUCCCCUGGGAAUAAUGUCUGAAACUUCCGGAUCUCACCUGGUUCCCUGCUUCAUCUCCUGUCCCUGCACCUGUACCUCAUGGGGGUUCGUGGCAUAAAUCCUAUGGCUCGAGUUAUCAAAUUAAAGAGGUGGAAACUCACAGCCCUCCAGGGAAAAAGGAAACUGGGGACUCUGAACCCUCACAUUGUCCCUUAUCUAUCAUCCUUCCUCUGGUUGCUCAAGGACUCCCUCCUGCUGCAGCUAAAAAAUCUCCUGCUAUGACUCAGCCCACAUCCCCCUGCCCACCCAAAGCCCAUCAAGAGUAGCUACCUCCUCCCAAAGACCUGACUCUGCUAAAACCCUAUAGACCCACAGCCUCGUUGUGGCUGCCGCGCUUCCCCUUGAAAAUGUCCCUGGCCGCCAAGGUCACCUCCAUUUCUUUUUCUUUGUGUAUUCUCUUUCGUUUUGCUUUCACAGAUCUUUGCUUCUUUAAACACCUGCUUGUUCAAAGGUACCAGGUUCCCUAUUCACCUCCUGGCACACUCGGGUUUUUAAAAACUCUUUGUGAUAUUACAAAUGUCCAGAAGGCUACAGAAAACUAGAAAUCUUA